UCUAUUCGUAAAGCCGCAGAGUUUUUCAGUUUUAUUGCUGAGGAUUAUAAUAACAAGCGAAUUUUACUUAAGAAUUGAAUGAUAAUGAAUUCUGAGAAUAUUACGGAGAUUAAAACACCCGUCAAGGAGCGAUUGGAGGAGAAACCAAAGCCUGCGCAACCGGAAACACCAAAAACCCCAUCCCUGCCGGUGAGCAGCGUCAUUGGCUUUAACACCGAGGACUUCCUGGCACGCGUCAACAUGAACGAGAAGAUCAAUAACAUUCUGCGCUCGCCCACAAAAACCCCGAAUGGGGUGCGCCAGCGCUCCGUAUUCACGGCCAUUGCGCCAUCAUCGUCUCGCUUCAAUGCCAGCGCUACGCCGUUUGUUUCACAGCAGCAGCGCUCGUCGGCUACUUCCGCCAAUGCCGGUUCAGUCGCUGGUGGCGGCAUGACGCCCAAGGAGACUUCAACACCAUCGGUCGCGCUUCAAGCACGUCAAAUGUCCAUUCCAGUGCACUUGAGUGCUGCCUCGCCCCAUCACUACGGAGGCUACGAUUCGCCGCUAACUGGACGUAGCGGUGGCUUGACAAGGGGUGUGUUCAAUACUCGCUACCCUGUGGCGCCACCACCGUCACCGAUCUAUGGAUUCGAAAAUGACAUGUGUCGCAUGCCACCUGCAAUGUCGCCGUCUCAUCACGCUCAACAAUUCCCACAACCUAUGCCGCCACCACCGUAUGCUGUCGGUCGCUUGAGUGGCAGCCAUCGCGGUGUCGAGUACGAGAACCCAACUCCACCACCCUGCCCAGGCGCUGGACCUAUUGCUAUGACCAAUGGCACCAUACAGCUGCGUCUGCGCGAUGGAAUACGCAUUGACAUGACGCUGGACAAGGCUGUGCGCGUUCUAAAUCAACGCAGCAUGGUGGCCAUUGCUCUGUCGCGUAAUUGCAGCAACUCGGCGCUAAUUCACCCCAACGGGCGCAUACUGCAGAGCGGCUCCAAGGUGGAGAUUGUCACCUACGAUGGCAUGAAGACUAACAAUUAUGUCCGCUAUGCCAAAAUGUGGUACAAGGGUGUCAGCUUCACUAGCGAGUCGUGCGCUUUGAUCUAUCUCGUGGAUACGGCUGGUACACGCACUACCACCGACACCUUCACCGAUCUCACGAAGGACUACACUUUGACGGUGUUUUAUGACGAUUCACGCCAUGGCCCGUCCUAUGUGCAGGAUGCUAAUGAAGUUAUACAAAACUCCACAUACUCGUGCACCGAUGAGGGCAGCGAAAUUUAUGAAAUUAAUGGUUUUCGUAUCACCCAAGCCGCAGAUGGGCUCGUAAAGCUAACACGCACCCAUAACAAAUGCUUGAUUCGCACCAGCCCGGGCAAUGGUUCGGCCACUUUAACCACUCCUGGUAUUCAUUGUACAGCCUCCUUGGGCAAGACGUCGCAUUUGUUUGUUCGUCGCAACGAGAAACGCAUGCAUUUUGAUGGUUCCUGUUUCAUCGUACGCAAUGCAGGCCACUCAGCCGGAUUUAACGAAAACAAUUUGUUGAUCGUUUAUUAAUGUUGCUAAAGAAAAAGACCUAUAAAGAAAAGUGUUUUGCCGACAAAACCUAAAAUUUCUAAUAAUCCACCAAACAUACAACGCAGGCGACAAUGAAUGUUGGCAUAAACAAUAACAAAAAACUGCAAUUAUGAAGCAAAUCGGAUCCAUUGCAAAGCAAGGCGUACAAGACCAAUUUAACGAGCACGUAAAGAGAACUAUAACGCCAGGAAGAGAGGAAAGAAAUUCAAAUAACAAACAUACAUAGUAGUAAAAAAAGUGGCGCGCAUAGAAAAUUAUAGAAAGUCGUUAUGAAAAAAGUUUAAAAGAAAAUUUAACAAAAAAAUGCGCCCAAAUAGUCAACAAGACCCGAUCGUCAGUAGCCUCUUUGCUAAUAGUUGAUAGUUCCAACAAAACCUCCGUUAGUAAUACUUUUCAAAUUCUCAAAUUUAAGUUAGUUUUUUUUUUAAUUUUUUUUUUUAUUUCAUUACAUACACACAAAUCAGCGUGUGUCUCGCCUGAGUACUAGUUUAGAGAGAGAGCAUGAAUGCUGUGGCAGAUUUUAGCUUGAGAUUCGUAUGUACGCACAUCUCUCUCCUUACUGCUUUGUCGAGAGCAAUUAAAUUUUCAACUCUUCACACCUUACGCAUUUUUAUAACCAACGUAAACAUCUUGCGUAAACAUACAAAUAUUUUUAUUUUAAUUAUUCGCUUAGUCACCCAUCCCCCUUAGCUAUUACUUUUCACUACUAUCUUUAUAAAAUAAUUGCUUCAAGUUCCAAUCAAUAAGGAACUCUAUCAUUCAGUUGUUAAAUGAAAAAACAAAUUCUAGUUUCGAAAGUGUAUUUAAAAUUUAGCGUGAAA